AUGGAUAAAAUAUUCACAUGCCCGAUUAACAGUGGAUCAAAUCCCUCGAAAAUGGAACAGUAUCUGUCGCAACCAUGUGUUAUGCCGUUUUUUCGCACUGGGUCGCGCCGCACCAACACACUCAACCACAGCGACGAGAGAGAAAUUCGCGAGGAGUUGAGCAUUCCGACCGCUCCACCGUCUGCAAAUUCGACGACUGUAGGAGGAACGAACAACCGGUCAUCGAAUGAAGUGAAAAUGGCGAUGGAGAAAAUGGAAAAGCAGCUCGCGGAGAUGUCGAAGAAGCAGGAUCAGCAAACGAGGACUCUUGAGGAGCGAAUUCGGGCGAUGGAAAUCAACAGAAGUCGAUCCAACGUAUCCGAUUCCGAUCCCAACGAGCUCAGCCGAAGUCAACUGGCCGCGCGGCACGCGGUGACGAAAGAGCUGCCUACGUUUUCGGGCAAUCCGGAAGAGUGGCCUCUUUUUAUUUCGACGUACGAAAGCAGUACCAGGAUGUGCGGUUUCAGCGACGAAGAAAACCUUCUUCGACUCCAGCGUAGCCUGAAGGGGAGAGCCCUCGAGACCGUUCGAAGCCGGUUACUGCAUCCAGCGGGACUUGCAGGUGUCAUUAGGACGUUAAAAACGCUGUACGGGCGGCCGGAAGUUAUCGUCCACUCGCUAGUCUGCAAGAUUCGGGAAAUGCCAUCGCCGAAGACGGAGAAGUUAGGAACUCUGAUCGAUUUCGGUGUUGCAGUCCAGAACAUGUGUGCGACGAUCGUGGCAAGUGGACUAAACGAGCACUUGUGCAAUGUGGCACUUCUUCAAGAGCUCGUCGAAAGACUACCAUCAACCGUGAAGCUCGACUGGGCGAAACAUCGUUCAACGUUACAGGCGGUGACACUCGAUGACUUCAGCAAAUGGUUGGAGAUACUCGUGGAAGCGGCAUGCGUGGUAACGAUUCCAUCAACGAUCAGUGCGUACGCUAGCAAGCCUGAGAAGCGUAUACGGAAGGAGGAAGUUCAUGUUCACCUCCAAUCCAGCUCCAGUCAAGCGGCGGCAGGAUCGACGGCCUCUACGACGUACCCCAGAAAUACAACGAAGCCAGCAGCGUCAAAACAGUGUGUCAUUUGCCAAGGAGGAUGUAGCAGUGUGGGAUCAUGCAGGAAGUUUCAAGACCUGGAUAUCGGGGCAAGAUGGGCAGCGCAGAAGCAGAACAAGUUGUGCCGGAAGUGUCUGGCGAAGCAUUUCGGAGCGUGCGCAGUGAAGCAAGCUUGCGGAAGAAACGGCUGUUCAUACAUGCAUCAUGAGUUGCUACAUGAUGAUUCCAGAUACCAGCGAGCAGAAAAUUCCUCAACGGUGAAUUCCCAAGGCGCGGCAGAAACACCUGUCGAACAGUGCAACACUCACGUCAGUUACGCCAGCAAGAUUCUCUUCCGCUACGUUCCAGUCAUCCUACACGGACGAGGCAAGCUCGUUCGCACUGUCGCAUUUUUGGACGAAGGCUCAUCGGCGACGCUGAUGGAGCACAGCUUACUAGACGAGUUGGAGCUGGACGGAGAGUCGUAUCCGUUGUGCCUAGGCUGGACGGGAGAUCAUCAACGACAGGAGAUGAAGUCCGUGAUGUUACCUCUGGACAUUUCCGGAACGCGCGGUGGAGAGAAAUACCGACUGUCGAAAGUCCACACGGUGGAGAAUCUGUCGCUACCACAGCAGACGUUGAAGAUGGCAAAGCUAGCAUCCGAGUAUGAGCACUUGGACGGCGUAUCAGCGGAUUCUUAUCACAACGUUCGGCCGCGGAUACUCAUCGGUAUAGAUAACUGCCGUUUGGGUCAGGCGUUGGACAGCAGUGAAGGUGGCAAAGACGAACCGAUUGCCGCUAGAACACGCCUAGGAUGGAUAGUGUUCGGACCAUGCUCUACGACAUCUCAUUCAACGACGAACUUCACAGCGCACCACAGUAUUCACGUGUGUCCGUGCUGCGAGCAAAGUGACGCGGAUCUUCACAACUUGGUGAAAACGUACAUGUCCCUAGACAGCACGGGAGUAAUGAGUUCCGUUAAACCUCUCUUAUCGAAGGACGACGAGCGAGCGGAGCAGUUGCUGAAAUCGUUGACGCGUGUGAAAGGCAAGCGAAUGGAAACCGGAUUGCUUUGGCGGUGUGACGAUGUUCGGCUGCCGGACAGCAAACCGAUGGCGAUGAGACGGCUGAUCUGUUUGGAGAAGCGAAUGCAGCGGGACCCGGCGUUGGCUGAAGCGGUGAAGGAGAAGAUUCGGGAUUACGAACGAGCCGGGUACAUCGAGAAGCUGACGAAGAACCAGUUAGCCGAGAAAUUCGAUCGGGUUUGGUAUCUCCCAAUCUUUCCGGUUGUCAACCCAAAUAAACCGAAGAAGAUGCGCUUGGUUUGGGACGCAGCAGCUAAAGUCUUAGGACUCUGCCUGAAUUCAUUUCUAUUAACGGGACCUGAUCAUCUCACCUCUUUGGUCUUCGUUUUACAACGUUUCCGGGAGUUCCGUAUAGCCAUCACCGGCGACAUUCGGGAGAUGUUUCUGCAGAUCUUGAUGAAUUGGCUCGAUCAACAGUGCUUGAGAUUCCUAUGGCGGGACGGCGAGCAAGAUCGCAGCCCAGACGUCUACGUUACGAAAGUGAUGACCUUCGGAGCGACGUGUUCACCAAGUACUGCGCAGUACGUGAAGAACUACAACGCGGAGCGGUUCCAGGAUGAGUUUCCACGAGCGGUAGAAGCAAUCGUGAAGGAGCACUACGUCGACGAUAUGCUGUCAAGCGUAGAGACGGAAGAAGAGGCGAUAAAGUUGGCGAAAGAUGUCCGGCACGUCCACGCGGAAGCGGGCUUUGAAAUCCGGAACUGGCUAUCAAAUUCGAAUCGAGUGCUGCAAGAGUUGGAAGCGAGUCCCGGGAAGAAGAGUUUGAAUCUUUCGGGCGAGAUGGCGACGGAGAAGGUUCUUGGCAUGUGGUGGUGUACAGCGACUGAUACGUUUACCUACAAAAUUCCUCCGAGAGUCAACGCCGAGCUGCUGCAAGGUGACAUCGUUCCAACGAAAAGGCAGAUCUUAAGCACGCUGAUGACCAUCUACGAUCCGCUGGGACUACUGGCGCACUUCUUAAUGUUCCUGAAGAUACUGUUGCAGGAGAUUUGGCGAAGUGUUGUAGGCUGGGACGAGUCCAUCAAAAGUGAGCAGUUCGAGAAAUGGCAGACCUGGUUGCGCGUCCUCCCGCAAGUGGAAUCGGUCAGCGUGCCAAGGUGUUACCGAUCGAAGACGAGCAUAAGCGAGCGGAAUUCGAUUCAGCUGCAUGUGUUUGUGGAUGCGUCGGAGAACGGCUUCGCUGCAGUCGCCUAUCUGCGGUUCGAAGAGGAUGGAGAGGUUGAGUGUGCGCUCAUCCGUGCGAAGACUAGAGUAGCUCCACUGCGAUUCGUGUCGAUUCCCAGACUAGAACUACAGGCAGCAGUCAUCGGUGCCCGUCUAGCGAACGACGCCAUGGAGACGCACAAGCUGAAGCCUACGCAAAGAUUCUUCUGGACGGAUUCACGCAACGUCCUCAGUUGGCUGAAUUCCGAUCACCGGAAAUAUCAUCAGUUUGUUGCGGUACGGAUCAGUGAAAUGUUGGAGUUGACGGAAUCAUCGGAAUGGAACUGGAUUCCGACGAAGCUGAACGUCGCUGACGAUGCAACAAAGUGGCAGAAUCUCCCGGAUCUUUCUCCUAGCAGUCGCUGGUUCCGUGCUCCGGAGUUCCUGUGGGGACCGAAAGAGGGAUGGCCAGUCAUCGAGUCCAAGUUCGAUCAUACAGCAGAGGAGAUACGGGCGCAUGUGCAGCACCAUUCUGUCGAACGCGCUCUAUUCCGGUGGGAAGAUUUUUCGAGAUGGAACCGUCUUCUUCGACACGUCGCCUUCAUUCAACGAUUUCCGUCGAAUCUACGUCGAGGGCGGUCGAAGGAGCCCAUCAUUACUGGACCGCUAACGCAAUAG